CGGACGUUUGCUAGAGAUGGGAACGGAGGAUUUCCUAGAUUUGAAACGUAGUGGAAUGCUGGGAAACGUUCCCGUUAUUGCCAUUCUUACUAAAUACGAUAUGCUCAUCGAUCGGGUGGAGCGAAAUCUAGAUGAAGCCUCUCGAUGGAUUGAGCGACAAGCCAUCAAGGAACUGACCAAGCAAAAAGCAGAUGCCGAGGUUCAGGCUAACUGCGUUGGACCUCUAAAGCAAUUUGCAGGGUCUGGUAUUCCCCACGCUACGACCUCUACCAAAGAAGACUAUGAGGAAACGCUCAACCGCCUGAUCAAGAUAACUGAAAGCUGUGUCGGUCAGCAUUCUGCGCCCGAGGCUGCAGUGAUGACUUCCGUCACUCAGCGAGUGGAUCCUAGACUCAAAAUAAAGGCAUCAAUUGAGUGAGUCUUGCUUGUUUCAUUCUUAU